AUGUCUUUGCCUCAGAGGCACGCUCGCAGGUGCGUGACCACCAAUUACCAAACACGACCCAGAACGUCCCCCAUCAGAUCAGAUCCAGUGCAUGGAUCCAAGGACGCAUCCAAGACCUUAGACCCAUCCACACCCCCCGAAUACCCGCGUCCCACUGCCACAGCCGAAGGCGAGACCACCACCGACGCCGACGCCACUGCCAAUGCCAAUGCCGAACAACAACAAGAGGGUAACGAGGACCAGCAGAACAAGAAAGAGAAGAAGCGCGCCGAGUUUACGCAGGACCACGUGUAUAAACGUGACGCGCAGUGGGCGGAUAAUAAGAGCGGGGAUGGAGUCCUCUAG